UCAACGUUCUAGCGCUGCACAACAAAGCGCUACUGCGUUGUGUUUUUCGUUUAAUUAGCGUUCCGUUUCGACCCAGGGGUGGUGGUGCGGUGUACAAAUGAGAAAACAUUAACGUUUUGUUUUGCCGUUAUCUCAAUGAAGUCAUGUAGUUGUUGACUGGCUCGGCGCCGAUUUAAUUUGUCAGGACACUUAGCAGCUAGCUUAGGCUAGCUGUUCGUAUGUUAGCCACGCCAACUUUGUUUCAUUGCAGUCGUGUUUAGUUUGCCACUACACUACUACCACGAUUCUGCUGUUAAAUCUACACAUUAAAGACCGGGACGAAUAAGAGCUUUAGAGGAUGCUGGCGACUGGAGCAGCAGUGACCAAUGUCACAGCUCUGGCCCAGGUGGACAGGGAGAAGAUCUAUCAGUGGAUCAAUGAAUUAUCCAGUCCAGAAACCAGAGAGAAUGCCUUGCUUGAACUAAGCAAGAAACGCGAGUCGGUGCCAGACCUUGCUCCAAUGCUCUGGCACUCUUGUGGCACCAUUGCUGCUCUGUUGCAGGAAAUAGUGAACAUCUAUCCGUCUAUAAACCCGCCCACACUUACAGCUCACCAAUCUAAUAGAGUUUGCAAUGCCUUGGCACUUCUGCAGUGUGUCGCCUCGCACCCUGAAACACGGUCGGCCUUUCUUGCUGCUCAUAUCCCUCUUUUCCUUUACCCUUUUCUGCACACUGUGAGCAAAACACGUCCAUUUGAGUACCUGCGACUCACCAGCCUUGGAGUUAUAGGUGCCUUGGUCAAAACAGAUGAACAAGAAGUGAUUAACUUCCUCCUCACAACUGAAAUCAUCCCGCUGUGUCUCCGUAUCAUGGAAUCAGGCAGUGAACUCUCCAAGACGGUUGCUACUUUUAUACUGCAGAAGAUUCUCCUGGAUGACACAGGGCUGGCCUACAUUUGUCAGACUUAUGAACGUUUCUCCCACGUGGCCAUGAUCCUUGGCAAAAUGGUGUUGCAGCUCUCGAAAGAACCAUCAGCACGUCUGCUGAAGCACGUUGUUCGCUGCUACCUACGUCUCUCAGAUAAUCUCAGAGCCAGAGAAGCCCUGCGUCAGUGUCUGCCUGACCAGCUCAAAGACAGCACCUUUGCUCAGGUGCUGAAGGACGACACCACCACCAAGCGCUGGCUGGCCCAGCUGGUCAAGAACCUGCAGGAAGGUCAAGUCACCGAUGCUCGAGGCAUCCCACUGGCUCCACAGUGAAAGUGUGCGCUGACAGACGACACAGAAGGACUGUGCACAAGUCGCGGAGUCUAGAUUUAGGUUUUUUUUGCCAAAUGUGGUGCUAUAGCAAAACAACUGUCGUCAAAGUAAAGGGACUUAAAAAAAGACACGUGCGGCUACUAUCAAAAGAGAUUUUUUUUUUAAAAAGAGCCUGGUAGUAAAUGGCUGGAUUCUGAAAGCCAGUUCUGAAAUCAUUGAUGAUGUUGGUAUUUGACUUAUAUUUGUGUUUGACAUAAAAUUCUUUUGGCAAGAGCCCUCAAAUUUUGUUUCCUUUACAGUUGAACAAAAUCUUCUCUAUCAAAAACUAUUCUCUACUGUGUAACAUGUGAGUGUCACCGGGAGAACCAAUCUCUGCUGCUGCUGCUGCUGCUGCUGCUGCUGCUGCUGCUGCUGCUUAGGUGAGCUACAACAAAACAGACUAGGAAAUGGACCAGUGUACAUUUAAAAUUCAGCCUUUACUCAGUUUUUUUGUAUUAGUCACACUUCAUGCCUCAGUGUCAUUGAUAAAUGUCAAGUCAGCUCUUUUCACUUCAUGUUCUUGUUCUAGUUUCGAAUAAGACUUUUUAAUCUUC